AUGGCUUAUCAAACUCCACUUGCGUCCCCUGUGAUCCAAAUGGUGAAACGAGUCCAGGGUAAAGAAAAGGAUUUGAACACCUCAGGCAUCAAAAAGUUAAUCCAUGAUCACUGCAGCAAUGAUUACAAUGUCCCCUACACCGUGGUGUCCAUUAUUGGUGCUCAAAGCAGCGGAAAGAGUACUCUGAUGAAUACCAUGUUUAAAACUGAGUUCCAGAUGUUGAACCAGCAAACACAAGGAAGGAGGGCAACAACUGAGGGAAUCUGGGCUGCAGUAUCCAAGGAUCCCAAUGCUAUUGUGUUGGAUAUAGAAGGAGCCGAUGGUCAAGAACAUCAAGAUGAUGCAGGAUUUGAGAAUCAAGCUGCAUUAUUUGCCUUGUCGAUAUCCGAUGUAAUAUUUUUUAACAUUAAUGUGCAGGACAUCGGUCGAAUGCAUGGUGCAAGUAUUCCUCUUCUCCGUACAAUAUUUCAGGAGAGACUAAAUCACAAUAUGCAUAGGACGAAAGUGGUGAUUGCUGUUCGUGAUUAUAACCACAAGAAGGCUUCUGAAUCAUUUCUGCGCCAACAAUUACUUUCACCACUGAAGAAGAUAUUCGACGAGUCAACUAAUAAGGAGAAAAUGUCAACAAAGUACUACGAUACAUCCGUUGAAUUUUUUCCACACUUUGACUAUGACGAGAGAGCAUUUCAAAAAAAGUGUCAAGAUAUAAUUGCUCAGCCUGGGUUUUUAAAGAAAAGACAACAAAAUUGGCCAGUUGAUGAAUUUCCAAAUCUCGCAGAGAAGUUAUGGAAGAGCAUUCUGCAAAAUGAAAAGCUUAAUAUGCCAUCUUACUGGGUACUGCUAUCUCGGGAACGCUGUGAGGCAGUCAUGAAUAAAAAACUUUUGUCACUGCAAGCUAAUGAUGAUUACAAAUCACUACUUACAGAAGGUUACCGGACUAUUUCACCAAUUGAGUUUCACGCUGCUGUUAAAAGAAUCCUGCAAACUAUCCUUCAUGAAUACAGCGAUGCUACGAAAUAUUUUGACGAAGAACAAGCAAAUAAAGUGAAGGACAAUCUAAGGACACAAAUUAUACGUGAUGCUGAACCAGGAUUCAUGAGAGCAUUGGACAACCACGUGGAAGUAUUUCUUACUAAUGCUACUGAAGAAAUUAAAAAAUGUAUGGAGAGAAAUCUAUUUGAAGACAUGGAUGGCGUGGUUACGAAACAAAGUAUGAAUUUCAUGCAUCAAAUACAAGAUCUGGAACUGUACGAUGAUAUAGCUGGAGAAUGUCAGCAAGUUGAGAAGAACCUUAGGGUUCUUACCAGACAAAUCCGGAACCGCUGUGUGAUGAAUUUUGUUGGCCGGUAUGCAAAAAAAUUCCUUCUGAUGGCUGGGCAACUCACAUCAAUAGGUGUAACUUUGGGAGGCGCAUUUAUUGGCAAUUAA